GCGCGCCUGGCACUUCCGGGUGGGACCCGAGGAAGGCGGCGGGCAGGGGCUGGCGGGCCGCACCAUGGCGUACCACGGCCUCACGGUGCCUCUCAUCGUGAUGAGCGUGUUCUGGGGCUUCGUGGGCCUCUUGGUGCCUUGGUUUAUCCCUAAGGGUCCCAACCGGGGAGUUAUCAUCACAAUGUUGGUGACGUGUUCCGUUUGCUGCUAUCUCUUUUGGCUGAUUGCAAUCUUGGCCCAACUGAACCCUCUCUUUGGACCGCAGUUGAAAAAUGAAACCAUCUGGUAUCUGAAGCAUCAUUGGCCGUGAGGAAGAAGCGCCCAGCCAAUGAGGUCACAGAGAGAAUUCCUUCUAGAUUGAAAAAAAAAAAAAAAUCACCUCCAAACCCACCAUGCCGUCCAUCCAUCUUUGUAGUGCCUAUUCCGGGCAUCAGCUGCCUUAAAAGUUCACUCCACACUUGAAGAUCCUGCUGUACUGUGCAGUAUUUUUUUCCUCCACCCUUUCUACACUCUGCCCAACGAUGUGCCUUCUCAAUCGACUCUACAAAGCGUGUUACGCUCGCUCUCAUCCGGGAGAAAAGGUGCUGUUCCGGGAAAUCUGGGUGUCUCUGAAUGGGGAGACAGCGCUGACCAUCUCCAGAGUGUUUCCUGCAAGACAAGCCAGCAGUCAGGAGCGAGCAUGCGCAGAGCGCACUGGUGACCCACAGAUUUUUUUUUUUUUUUACAGCAAGCUCUAUUUUUCAGGAUGAAUCUCCUCUGCCGUCUUUUGGAAUAAAUCACUUUUUCUUGCUUUCUAUGGAAA